AUGGACAUGAAUUUGUCAGCGCGUUGUGCUUUGGUUCUUCUCCUGUUGGCAUUUGUAGAUUUGAAAAUAGUCUCUGCUGCAGAACCGGGAGGCACAUCUACAGCAAAGCCUGGAGUGUGCCCUGUUAGACGAUGGGGCAUAGGGAUAUGUGCAGAGUUAUGUUUCAAUGACAGUGACUGCCCCAAUGAUGAAAAAUGCUGCCACAAUGGAUGUGGGCAUGACUGCAUUGCACCUAACACAGCAAAGCCUGGAGUGUGCCCUCGUAGACGAUGGGGUUCAGGGACGUGUGCAGAGUUCUGUUCCAAUGACAGUGACUGCCCCAAUGAUGAAAAAUGCUGCCACAAUGGAUGUGGGCAUAACUGCAUUGCACCGUACACAGUGCCGAUCCCCCCGAAGGCAGGUCAGUGCCCGCUGCUUCUGAAUGUCGUGCCAUCACACAAGGGAUGUGUCCGCGAUGAGGACUGUCCUAAAGAUGACAAAUGCUGCAUCUUUCACUCUGACGCCUUGUGUGUCCCACCUGACUUCACAAAGCCUGGAGUGUGCCCUCGUAGACCAUGGGGCAGAGGGACGUGUGCAGAGUUCUGUUCCAAUGACAGUGACUGCCCCAAUGAUGAAAAAUGCUGCUUCAAUGGAUGUGGGCAUGACUGCAUUGCACCGUACACAGUGCCGAUCCCCCCGAAGGCAGGUCAGUGCCCGCUGCUUCUGAAUGUCGUGCCGUCACACAAGGGAUGUGUCCGCGAUGAGGACUGUCCUAAAGAUGACAAAUGCUGCAUCUUUCACUCUGACGCCUUGUGUGUCCCACCUGACUUCACAAAGCCUGGAGUGUGCCCUCGUAGACGAUGGGGUCACGAUAGGGGCGUGGGGAUGUGUGGGGAGUUCUGUUCCAAUGACAGUGACUGCCCCAAUGAUGAAAAAUGCUGCCACAAUGGAUGUGGGCGUAACUGCAUUGCACCGUACACAGGUGUGGGUUGA